AUCGUGAAGCACAGCAGGUGUUUUCGUUUUCGUGUUUGUUGUCAGUUUCCGAAAUUUGAGUGUAUCAAAGUAUUGUUUGUCUUUGUGACUGGAGAUUCAACAUGAAUGUAAUCAUCAGUACUUUUAAGAGGCACUGAAAUUUGUAGUGAACUCCAGAUUAGUUGUGUAAGUGGUUAAUACUUGUGGUUUUAAUGCCAUCUUGUGACCCUAUUUUAGGAGACAACGGAUUAACUUGUGGCUGCAAAACAGUGACGAUGUGGGAGCGCAAUGGCAGUGAAAUUGUAGAGAGCUGUUCUUAUUUUGAGGACUUAACCGACAGAACGUUUUCAAAGGAGCGGAAUGUCUUUUGGGGCAUUAGAUUCUGAUCGUUCAGGCUGUCCAGACUGCAAGGCUGCCAGCCGUAGUCCCUGACAAGUGCUGUGAAUGAAUCUGUUGUUCUGUAAUUUUACAGUUUUUUGACAGAGCUAAAAUGAACUUCACACCAUUUGGAAGUCCAUUCACUGGAUCAGUUCCUACAGCUACUGUUCAUCAAGUUGCCACUGCAAAGCUUGCUCACAAUGUUGCUGCUGGUGGCCAAGUUCUUGGUGUUUUUAGUGGUGGUGAUGGUGCAGUGCAUUAUUUGCGCCCUGUUGAUCCAAAUGGUUUUACGUUGACAACCCAAGGUGCCAUAAACAGCCAGCAUCCACAGGCGCAGCAAGCACUGAUAACCCUACCUAUCAGCAUUGCUGGAAAGCCUGGUGAACCUGGACAGCCACAGCAAGCAGUUCACAUUCAAGUAGUUAACCCCAACGCAACGCUAGGUGCUAAUGGUGCUGCUAGUAAUGUGGGCCCCAAGUAUAUAUCUCCUCUUUUCUCACAAGGGAUUUUAACAUUAUGUGGUCAACAGCAAGGUGGUGAAAUUGUUCAGUUGCAAGUGCAGCAUCCUCACAUUCAGGUGACACCACAACCGGCUCAGCCACAGAGUGAAUCAGAUGCCUCCAAUAACAGCUCUCAAGCACAGGUUUCGUUGCAGCAGCAGCAACAGCAACAACAAACACCUCAACAGGAACAGCAGCAGCAGUCGCAGCAGCAGCAACAGCAGCAGCAGCAACAACAGCAACAGCAACAACAGCAGCAGCAGCAGCAACAACAACAACAGCAUCACCAACAGCAGCAACAUCAACAUCAGCAGCCACAGCAGCAUCCUCAAGAACAGCAACAGCAUCAUCAUCAGCAGAUCCAAACACACACAAUUGCUGUUGCAACAGAUGAUAAGCCAGAGGAGCACCAGCAGGCCUUCCCAGUAGCUGUUGUAGCACAUCUUCCACAAGAAUUAAUUUUGCGUGACGGUAUAGCCACAAUGGAAAUUGAAAAGAUACAGGGGGAACCAGGCAAGGAAACUUUGCAACUGGCUAUUGUUAAAUCGGAAAAUGAUAAAGAUUCUCAGGAUGAUUUUAAUGGUAAUGGGGCUCAGCAUGCUACAGUUGCUGCCAUGCCAGCUGCAUGGCAGAGUAUUGCAACCCCAGGUUCAACAGUGGCAGACUACUUGUCACGUAUCCCAGCAUCGACACUUCCACUAAGUUUGCACCACUUCUUGAAAUUUUCUGCCGAAACGAUAAAACGGGAAGCAGCCAUCGAAUCAUCCCCCCUUUCAAACCCCGAGAUUGUCGAAGUAGCGAACGGUGCAGCAGUUGAGGAGCCAUCUGCCCCUGCAACAAACACAAAAACAAAGAAAAAGAAAAAGUAUAAGAAAAAACCUCCAAAACCCCGGCGGCCCAGGCCAGGUCAAGUGCACAUUGCAACUGCGUUGGACGGCACGACAUUAUUUUGUUGCCCCGAGUGUCAUAUGGCAUAUCCCGAAAAAGAGCUGUUAGAACAGCAUCUUGUCGGGCACAAGAUAGAACGGAGGUUCAUUUGCGAUAUUUGUGGUGCAGGUUUAAAACGGAAGGAACAUUUGGAGAGGCACAAGUUGGGUCAUAAUCCAGAUCGUCCAUUUGUUUGUUCUGUUUGCCUUAAAGGCUUCAAACGUAAAGAGCAUCUAAAUCUUCAUUUCGUUAUACAUUCAGGAGAAAAGACAGAACUUUGCCCAGAGUGUGGUAAAGGUUUCUACAGAAAAGAUCACUUACGAAAACAUGCACGCAGCCAUCUUACAAAACGCGUGAAAGAGGAACUUAACAACCAACAGCAGCUGCUACAGCAACAGCAGCAGCAGCAGCAACACCAGCAGCAGCAGCAGCAACAACAACAACAACAGCAGCAGCAGCAGCAACAGCAGGCACAGCCACAGCAGCAACAACCAUUGCAGCAGCAGCAGCAACAGCAGCAACAGCAACAACAGCAGCAGCAGCAGCAGCAACAGCAACAGCAACAGCAACAGCCUCAGCAGAUAGAACAGGAACACCAACAGCACCAAACAGACCAUGAGGCUCAGCAAGUCAAUGCCCCUGCUGCUACCAUGGUUGCAACAGUGGUUUUACCAACUGCAGCAGAAACAGGUGCUAUGCUGCUGCAGCAUCACCGCUGAAAAAAUCGAAGCACAAAUUUUCUAGCCUUAAAGGGAAUAUGCUGGGUGAGGACAGUACUCCUGAGACCAUUGUACUUUUCUUAGCUGUAUAUACUAAUAUUUAGCACCUUCUAUUAACUUUUGCAUAUGUUGCUUACGGAUAGUGAUCACUUGUGCUGCAGAGUUACUGUUGAACUGUUUUUGAUAAAUCAUAUACACAGCUUUUAUGUGUGUGGUACAGGUUUAUGAUUUUAUACCGAGCUCAGAAUGAUCGAACAGUGUGAGAGGGGGAUCACUAUGAUUUAUAAAUUAAAACUUACUGCAAAUAAUUGUUGAAUAUGGACAUUAUCCUAACUAAAUGGUAAUUACCAGGUAUGUUAUGGAGUACAUCUUUUUGUACAUCACAGUGGGCUUACAGCCCUUUUUGAAUAUUAUGAUAGGGAGUGUAACUUCCUGUUAUUUUAUGAAUAUUUCAUUGUUUUACAGAUAGUGUUAACACAGAUGUGUAUAGUUAACUGCCAAGUCCAGAAUAAUAAACAGAUAUAUAAUAUAUAUAUAUAUAUAAGAAUUAAAUUGGAUUUGGUGAAAAUGUGUUUAUUUUUUAGCACCGUGUAAUCCUACUUCGUACAUUCAUUGUACUACGGCAGGAAUCGACAGACAUCUAAGUGGUAGAUACUUGUACAGUGAAUUUGCCAAAGCAAAGAUCUGUCCAGAAUACAUAGUUGCUACCCUAGUCGUACAUUUUAAUACUUUAUUUUCUUUAUCUUGUGUGAUCACUUAAUGCAUAGAAGUUUUGUUUUAUGCCAUACCACGUAGAAUGUUGAUAUUGUUGAAUAAACAGAGUCAUAAGUAUGGUAUUGAACAGUAUAUGUCUCAGUCAUCAGAUAAUACAGUUGAGUGGCAGGUGGCAGGGAUAUAUAAAUCAAUCCGAUGUCUGUAAGCAAACUACUACUGUUGCAAAAAAGACGAAGUAUAACAUUUAUGUGUUUUACGAUGCGUUAUGCUACCUUGGAUCCUUCACAGUGAAAAUUUGCUCUCUGUUUUCUUCUAAAUAAGUCAUUGAGUUUGCUCCUCAUGACACUGCAUUCCAUAAGAUUCUUUGUAAAGCUAAAUCCUGUUUCUUUCCUUAUUUCAUCUACUUAAAGUAUUUAUUGAUAUUUUAUUUCCAAAUUUUGCAAAAAUUAAAUAACACUGCUCGGACACUUUUUACUUUACUUUUAAUUUUGAAUCAUGGUUAAUAGUAGCUUUUGUGCCAACAGACACACCACACUCAGCACCUAUUAUCUUAAACUGUACCUGUUUGUGAUGCAAAGUGAUUGUGUCUCAAAAUUCUUUACUUUCUGUCACCCCACUGAAGCAGACAAAAAGGUAAAUCCUUUACAUAAAUGAUUGACAAACAGCAAUGUGUGUUCAGUAAUAUCUGUUUAAAUCAGACAUGUGAGGACCUUGUUGUUGACUAUAUAUAUCGUCUGGCAUGUCCCAUAGCUUCAUGUUAACCUGUGUGUCUAUGUUUCUUUACUUUGUGUAUUCCUGUAUGUUAUUUAAAUCACUGCAGAACUACUUGUUAUUUUGUCUUGAAAAAUUUCAAAUAUAAAUACAAUGGAAACUUACUGAUUUCAUUUUAGUGUUACGGGGAAAGGCUAGGUACUCCAAUGUUCUAAAAAUAUUAUUUAUAGAAUUUUUGAGGCAUGUCCUGUACAUAGUGGCCUACAUGGAGUGUAUAAUUUUCAAGUAUGAAUUGUACAUGCUUAUAUAGUUUCCACUUUUGUAAAUUAUUUUUAUUGAAAUAUAUACACAAAUCUUUAUCAGUGGUGUUUUUUACACAUAUAAUUGAGGGCUAGGAGAGUUGUUACAGAGUGAGAUUCAGCCAGUUGAAAGAGCACAGCGUAUUAAGUUUCACAUUGUAUCAGAUCAAGUAACCCUUUGUUCAAAAUAAACCAAUUACUGUACUGCAUUACUAAUUGUGUUUAAAACCAAAAUAGAUGUAUUUUGAAUUA